AAAACCGAAACAAGUUGUUAUUAAAAAUAUAUACAUUCAGGUUACUACUGGUUGAAGUUGGAGUAAUACUGGUUCAAGUUGGAGUAGCACUGACAUAUUUUAUUCAUCUGUUAUGCACAGCUCGGAUGGAUGAGGCAUGGAGAUGAUGUAUAUUGAAAAGAUAAAAAUCAAAGCAAGACUGCAGUAAAAGGCUGAGCAUUAUCUUUUUAUCAUCAGGUGGUUCCUUUUUGCAUUAAAAACACCAUAUGACAAGUGCAUAAUUUGCAAGCUUGUUUAUGAUCUAGCUUGUCGGAGGCAACCCUAUCCAAGUGAUGUUCCUCUGAAAUUUCUGCCAUUUUUGCAAAUUGAAUGAUUUGGUCUUCAGUCACAUGAUUAUCCCCUGCCUCUCAAAGUGUAGUUUUCUUUUUCUGUUUUAAUGGCUGUGGCCAAAGCUGUCUGUUUUGUGUUCCUUCAUUUAUUUUUUAACUUAGCGGUUGCUUUCAAACACAGUAGUGCCCCUGUAAUUACAGACCGUCCCUUCAUUGUUGUUUGGAAUGCUCCCACACAGCAGUGCAAGUGGAAAUAUGAUGUAGAUCUGGACUUCAGUUUGUUUGACAUUGUUGUAAAUCAGAAUGAGUCUUUUCUUGGUCAGAAUAUGACUAUCUUCUAUAGUUCCAGGCUCGGUUAUUACCCAUACUACAGUAAAGAUAAUACUUCAGUUAAUGGAGGUGUUCCACAAAAUGCCAGCCUCAAGGAACACCUUGGAAAGGCCUGGGAGGAUAUACAAACCAUCAUUCCAGUAAAUGACUUCAGAGGGUUGGCUGUUAUUGACUGGGAAUCAUGGCGGCCAAUAUGGUUGAGGAACUGGGGAAGUUUGAAAAUAAACAUACAAAAAUCAUUUGAACUAGUAAAGAAACAGCAUCCUGAUUGGACACCAAGCCAAGUGAACAAAGUAGCUCAGAUGGAAUUUGAGUCGGGUGCUCAGGCCUUCAUGGGUAAGACUCUACAGUUAGGCCUGACAUUGAGGAGCAAAGGACUCUGGGGAUUCUAUAGAUUUCCUGCAUGUUAUAACAAUGAUUAUAAAAAUACAUCACACAACUAUACAGGGAAGUGCCCAGAUGUUGAAAUUUCCAGAAAUGAUAAGCUGAAGUGGCUUUGGGAAAACAGCACUGCUCUUUAUCCAGAGAUCUACCUAGAAAAGGAACUGAAAGGUACAGAAAAAGCCCUGAAAUUUGUGUAUUAUCAAUUGCAGGAAGCCCUUAAACGUGCAGAGCAAACUGGCUAUGAUUAUAGUAUUCCUGUCCUGCCUUACUCACGUAUCGUAUACAUGUAUACAUUCGACUUUCUUACUCAGGAUGACUUGGUUUAUACCAUUGGAGAGAGUGCCGCUCAAGGAGCAGCUGGAGUUGUUCUCUGGGGAGAUGCAGAAUACAGCUCUUCAAAAAAUAACUGUCAAACUGUGAAAUCAUAUAUAGAUAAAGUUCUGGGGCGAUAUAUCAUGAAUGUGACACACAGUGUUUUGCUCUGCAGUCAGGCUCUCUGCACAGGCAAUGGACGGUGUGUGAGAAAAGCUGAGAGAUCCAGUGCUUACCUACACCUGAAUCCUGAAACCUUCUUAAUAAAAAGAAACCUGGGCUCCGGUGGACCCAGCUUCCUUGUUCAGGGAAGUCUGAAUAAGACAGAUAUGACUGAGAUGGCAGAAUCCUUUCUGUGCCAAUGUUAUAGAGGCUGGAAGGGAGCACACUGUCAUAUUAAAACAGUGCAGUGAUGUACAGGAAUGGAGAGUGUCCCGCUCCCAACUAAAAUACACACACACACACACACACACACACAUAUAUAUAUAUAUAUAUAUAUAUAUAUAUAUAUAUAUAUAUAUAUUGCAUAUGACUGGCUAAUAGGGGUGGGCAAAAUACGUGUAUUGGACACCUUUCUCAGUCAGACUGUGCAAAAUACUUUGGUUCAUUUCAGUAUUUAUUUGUGUAAGUUAAUUAUUAUUUCUUCUUUUGUUUGCAUGAAAAAAACAGUACUGUUGUGUUAAAAAUAUCACAUGCUAGUUUUGCUAAUCAAUUGAUAUAUACAUUAUUUAGCUAAAAUUAUCCCUGUUGCAUUGUAAAUUCUGUAUAUCAGUUGCACUGUGUAAAUUACCAGGCAGCUUUUGAUACAUCAUUUUGUACUGCUCAGUAGAUUGCAGAUAUUAUUGAAAACUUCAGUGCUUUAAAUCUUAGGCCAGCUUCAUAUUGCUUAUAACUAAACAGUCUUGUUUGCAACGUGUCAGUGUAGCAUUUGCUGCUUUGGCAGGCUUCAUUUACAAACUGAAAAGACCUGCCUGAUACUUGUACUUUAGAUAUAGUGGUGACAAGAAAGUAGUAUAUAUAGUUACCAUUCCUACAAACUUGAUGUUAGUUUUUAAAUACUUUUAUUAUUAAUAUUUUAAAACUUGCUAAAAAAUUUAACAUAUGCCUGUCAGUUUAUUUUUAGAAGUGGGUGUCUAAAUUUACAUAGCAUAAUGUUUUAUAGGUUUGCAAUUGUUUUAUACUUUUGCUGUGUGUGAUAAUAGGAGGUACUGCCAGCCAUGCUGGGAGACGUAGGGCAGUGGAUUUGUGGCAUGUGCCAGCACAGCUAGCUGGAAUUUUGUAAAUAAUUAUCUGUCAUUUGCAUCUCAAACUGAUUUGUAAAGAUGCUUGUGCUGAAAAUGUAUUUGUGAGG